CCUCCAUAAACUGGAAAGAACGAGGGGAAGAUAAUCGGCCGUCCUUCUUGCUCUCAUAUAGAAUUGUUUUUGCUUCUUUGAUUGCUUGUACGCACACAGAGAGAGAGAGAGAGAGAGAGAGAGAGAGAGAGAGAGAGGUUCUCCACCAAUCUUUGGUCGCCGUUCUCUUUCUCUCGGUUCUCUCCCGCCCCCUCGCCCCUCCUACCCCCACCUGAAGCAAUAAUGUCGGCCCGUAGGCGUAUGCUUCUCAAGGUCAUCAUCCUCGGCGAUAGCGGGGUCGGGAAGACGUCUCUCAUGAAUCAAUAUGUGAACCGAAAAUUUAGCAACCAGUACAAAGCGACCAUUGGCGCUGAUUUCUUGACAAAAGAAGUUCAAUUUGAAGAUAGGCUGUUCACCUUGCAGAUAUGGGAUACAGCAGGUCAGGAACGAUUUCAGAGUCUUGGAGUGGCUUUCUACCGGGGAGCAGAUUGUUGUGUCCUUGUAUAUGAUGUAAAUGUGACGAAGUCAUUUGAUAAUUUGAACAACUGGCGUGAAGAGUUUCUUAUUCAGGCAAGCCCUUCUGAUCCAGAAAAUUUCCCAUUUGUGGUAUUGGGCAACAAGAUUGACGUGGAUGGUGGGAACAGCCGGGUGGUGUCUGAGAAAAAGGCGAGAGCAUGGUGUGCUUCCAAGGGCAACAUUCCUUAUUUUGAGACCUCUGCCAAGGAAGGUUUCAAUGUAGAGGCUGCUUUCCAGUGUAUAGCAAAAAAUGCACUAAAGAAUGAGCCUGAAGAAGAAAUAUAUCUUCCUGACACCAUUGAUGUUGCUGGGGGAAGGCAGCAAAGAUCGACUGGAUGUGAAUGUUAAGGCAGAUGAUAUGAUAAAAGUGCAGCUGCAGUUCUUUCAUUUAUUUGUGGAGUAAUAAUGUUCCAAUAUUUGUGAUGAUGUUCAUGUAUCUGGGAUGUAAACUGUGUGUAUAUUGGUGUUCUAGAAGCCGGAUUAUUGCUGUCUUCAAUUUCUUGAAUCCAGUCUCAGUCCUUGUUACUUCGCGUCUUAGUUCAGUAUUUUUUUGUAUUUUUUGUGUCGUAUACUUCUGUCUACUUAUGUCAAAUAUUCUGUUCAAUUACUCUCUCUCUCUCUCUUA